AUGGAAGAGCGCAACGAAUGCCUGCGCCUCAUCCAGGCCUGCAAAUCCCUUCCCGCCGCGGAGAAGCUCCACUCCCGCACCGCGCGCCUACCGCCCCAAUCCCCCACGCGCGACAUCUUCCUCUCCAACAAGCUCAUCGAGAUGUAUGGCCGCUGCGACAGCCCCGCCCACGCGCGCAACGUCUUCCACGCGAUGCCGCUCACAGAUUGCUACUCCUGGGUCCUGGCGCUCUGCGCGUAUGCCCGCGGCGGGCAUCUCCGUGAGGCGCGAGAGACCUUCGAUCUGAUGCCGGACAAGAACUUGGUCUCCUGGAACGCGAUGCUCACUGCAUUCUCACAGCACGGCUGCGGCAGCGAAGCCCAAGAACUUUUCCACCAGAUGCCACAGCGAGAUCUUGUGUCCUGGAACGCGACCUUGUCAGCAUUUGCUGGUAUGGGGGAUUUGCAAGGAGCGCGCGCUUUGAUUUCCGCCAUGCCCGAGCACAGUCUCGUGUCGUGGACUGGAUUGCUCGCUGCCGCAGCGCAGAGCGGCAGCAUCGAGGACGCCAAGCGCUUCUUUGACGAAAUGCCACAGCGAAACAUGAUCUCCUGGACCGCAAUGCUUACCGCAUAUGCCAUGAAUGGGCAUAUUUUAAAUGCUAAGCUUCUGCUCCACCGCAUGCCCGAAUUCGAUCUCGUCGCCUGGAACACAAUCCUCGACGCUUCCGCGCAAGAUGGCGAUCUUCAAGAAACCAAAGCCAUCUUCGACGAGAUGCCAGAAAGGAAUCUGGUCUCCUGGACAAUUAUCAUAACCGCAUAUGCCCAAAGAGGGCAUCUACACAGCUCUAAGCUCCUGUUUGAUUGCGCCCCAGUUUUAGAUGACGUGCUUCUCAACGCCAUGCUAGCUGCAUACACCCACAAUGGUUAUCUCAAAGAUGCUAAGAAUCUCUCUGAUAACAUGCCAUGCCACUGCUUAUUCUCGGCCACUGCAAUGCUUACAGCGUUCUCCCAAAACGGGGACGUUGAGCAAGCUCAAGCAUUGUUUGAUUCAAUGCCGGAAAAAAACCUUUUCUCUAGCACUGCUAUGCUUACAGCGUAUGCCCAACACGGGCAUCUCCAGGAAGCCAGGCAAGUGUUCGAGAGGAUGCCCGAGCUGGACGCGGUAUCUUGGGCCGCCAUGGUUUCGGCUCACUCCCAAAACGGCCAACCUUCGGAGGCCGAGGUCGUCUUCUACUCCAUGCCUGAGCGUGACACCGCGUCGUGGAACACACUCCUCUCCGGCUACGCCCAAAACGGGCAUCUCUCGCAAACCCAGAAGACCUUCCGCUUGAUGCCCUCUACAGACACCAUCUCGUGGAACGUAAUGCUGGCUGCGUAUGCCCGAAGCGGGGACACAGGCCCUCUCUACGACCACUUCAAAACAAUGAAGACCCUCGACCUCGCCGACGAAGCCUCGUUCCUGCUCGUCCUUCUCGCAUGCAGCCAUGGUGGCAAAGUCUUCACCAGCAGAUCACACUUCCUCUCCAUGGCCUCGGACUUCGGCUUGCAACCAAACAAGCAGCACUUCGGCUGCAUGAUCGACGUCCUCGGCCGCGGGGGGUAUCUGGAAGACGCCCAGGAACUCAUCGCCACAAUGCCCUUCGAGCCCGAUUUUCUCGAGUGGACAUCGCUGCUCGGUUCGUGCCGGAGCUACCGCGAUCCCAAUCGAGGCGCUCGGGCGACGAGGCAAGUGCUCAAGUCGGAUCCAGUUCGGGCUGCGGCAUAUGUCCUCUUAGCAAAUGCCUAAAAACCCAAUUAGCCAAAUGACGAGAAUAUGCGAAAGCCGGGGGCGGAAUAUACCACCGUCGUUAGGCUAAAAGGCAAAGGAAGCAAAUGAAGUGCUCGUCCUCGGUCGCUAUAGGUUCCUCCCUGACCACUCGCUGCCGGAGGAUGAGCGGGAAUGCCAGCCCCAGUCCUAGCCCAGAUCACAAAACGGUGAAUGUGAAGAUCAAAGGCAUGGUCCAGGGCGUCUUCUACCGGAACUGGACCAUCGACACCGCCAAGCAACUCGGGAUCAAUGGCUGGGUGAGGAACCGAAUGGAUGGCUCCGUGGAGGCCGUCUUCUCGGGCAAGACCACCGCGGUGGACGCGAUGAUCCAAAAGUGUUACAGCGGCCCCGCGGCAGCUCGGGUCACCGGCGUCGAGGCCUCCGCCUGGAACGAGCCCGUCCACGAAGGAUUCGAGCGAAAAUCCACCAAGUAGAGAUCUCCGACAGAGAGAUCCACACAGAGAGGAAAAUAUCUUCCAAGAAAGUGAAGUAUUUAACAAAGACGAACAAGAUCAUCGUGA